GACCCAAUCACUAAUUAUCGAGGAGAGUAAACAAACAAUUUCAAUAACAUAACCUCUCUUUGCCAUUUCACUUCACUUUACAUAAGACAAAAAUGGUAAGAAUCAUAGGAAACUACUCAUGUCCAAAGAUUCAAAUCACACCUAUGUCCAUUUCACACUAUCCCGCACAGCGGAUCUUUUCGAAGACUUCUGCAAAGACAAACUCCCCGACGAUGACAUUUACGUACCACCACACAAUCAGCCAGUAAACCCUGAAGAUGAAGACGACGUUGUUCCCGAUCAACAUGCAGCAUUUGGGAUUCAGAGGGCGACACAAAAGACAAAAGAGCCAGCCUGGAAAGAUUUGGGAUUAGCAGAAUUGAUGAAGAAAGGUCCAGGUGAGAAAAGUGGAAAUGAAGGAGGAAAUUAUAAGGGCAUAAGGAGUCUUCCAAGGUGAACAAAUGUGAAGGAAUUUCGGAGUUAAAAUGGGCAUACGAUCUAAUGGGAACUAAUGACGGAGUCUGGCACUCCACGAUUGUUUGAGAGAAGAAGGCUGAAGGGAUCAAAGGGACAGCAAUAUAUUAAUGGUAUGGAGGUUGGUCUGGCAUAUUAAACUUCAAGGAUAUCAUCAUAUUGUGGGAAGCAUCAAUACCCAGGGAGAAGUCCUAUGAAUUUUAUAUCCUUCGUAAAGAAGCCUUCUA